AGAGCGCCCGGCUGACGUCAGCGCCCGGUGGCUUCAGUGUUCGAGGCGGCAGGUGCGGCGGGAGCUCGCGUUCAUUCUUCAGUCUCACGUCCAACGUCCGAGUGAGGGGGGCACCGAGUGGCCGCGGCUCCGCCGAAGGAAAGGUUUUCAUUCCCACAUGAAUUACGGAAAUCCUCCACCCUACUCGGACCCAGGCCCAACUGCCCCAUAUCCACCAUAUGUACAGCAACCAGGUGGUGCAUAUCCUCCUGCUGGGCCUCCAGGGCCGUAUCCACCCCCUAAUGCAGGGUAUCCAUACCAAGGCUAUCCACAGUAUGGCUGGCAGGGCGGACCCCCUCCAGAAGCUCCCAAAACCACAGUGUAUGUGGUGGAAGACCAAAGACGGGAUGACACAGGCCAAGCUACCUGCCUCACAGCUUGCUGGACUGCUCUCUGCUGCUGUUGCCUUUGGGACAUGUUAACUUGAACAGCCUUGACCUCCUUCCCAGAAGGCUUUGUAUCCUCAAUCGAUGGAGUUCUGAGUCCUGAUCUCUUUCUACUGCUAUAAUGAAUGACAAGUUCUGCAACGAUAUCUCAACUGCAGCAUAAUGGAAUCCUAGAUUAGUAGUGAUUUUUUGCUGUUCAAUUUAAUUUAGUGACAUGAUCUUUCUAAUGUUCAUUUUCUAAUUUUUUGUCGUACUUUAACAAAUGUGCUAAAUGAUUUUUUGGCCAAAGGCUUGAAUAUGAAAUUUAUAUCUAUCAUUUUAAAUUGUACUGUUCAUGGCAGUGGCAAAAUAUGCAACAAUACAAGCCACUGAAUGAUUUCUUUCCUAACUCUUAAUGUUUCAAUACUUCCUUGUCAAUAAAUUUUUCAAAAGUCCCA